GGCCCUCCCUUUUCUCUCCUUGAAGCACUGAGGACUGUCUCUGUGAAGCGGAAAGCAGAAAGCCGGGCUGCUAAGGACACUCUUCCUUGGGAAGGACUGUCUUUGAACAAAUGCAUUCUGGUUGCAUCCUUCCUGGCUCUCCUCAGUGUGAGCUGUCAGGUGGUUCAAGAGGUCAUAGAAUAUGGUGGGACUGUCCUUGAGGCAGAGCUGAGUGCCUGGACCACACAAGAAGACAGCGCUGGGGAACAGGAGGAGCUGUGGUUUUACGAACGAUGGUUUGAUUGGUCGGACAUGGAUGAACCUCCUGAAGUAGAGGAGGAGGAACUCUUGGAAGUAGAGGAGGAGGAACUCUUGGAAGUAGAGGAGGAGGAACUCUUGGAAGUAGAGGAGGAACUCUUGGAAGUAGAGGAGGAAGAGGAGGCACCUUCAGAAGAGGAUGGGGGAGAAAAGACAGAACUAGUAGAAACAGAAGAGAAAGAGGCAGAGGUAGCAGAUGAGGAGGCAGAAAUAGAGGAGGAACCAGUAACAAAGGUGAGCCCCAGAAAAAGCCAGGAGAAAGUGAGGCGAGAGACACCUUCUAAGAAUAAAGGCCGGAAAGGUCGCAAGGCUGAGGAGGAGGAGGAAGAAGGGAAGAAGCACCUACAGGACAGGAGACAUCGGCGGGAAGGGAAGGGGAAGGAGAAGCAGCAGGAGGACAGGAAGACCCAUCGCCACAAACAUGAUGAAGCAGCCCAUCCCUCGAAGGCGCAUAAGCAAGACCAUCACUCACCGGAAGAAAAAAAGGGGCACUCCAAGGGUGAGCGCGGCAAAGGGAGGGGCCACCUCAAGCACGAGAGGGACCAGAAGGACAGGAAGCCCUGGCAGAUGCAGAAGCCUUUCUUCUCCCCACCCAAGGACAGUGCCCAGACAUUUGGGCGGCACAAGUUCCAGGAGUGGAAAAGGCACGACUGAGAUCCAAGGAUUGCAGCCUUGAUCUCACCGUGGCAAGCAAUACGCUGCUCUCUCUCUCUCAUGCGUAUCCUUCCCCUCACCAUUUGAAAGUGUGGGGACACCUAGACACCCAGAUUGAAGCCGGGUGACUCCUGUUGAGACUGGCCCCAAAAGAGGCAGGCUUGACUUCUUCCAGGUUGGAAGCCGAUAGUGGUCACGCUGGCAACCCCAGGAGAUGGACGGGGAGUCACUCAGCCAGAUCUGUCAUACCUGCUCCACUGUGCCCUCAGAGUCAUUGGAUAACCUCCAAAAAAAAGCUCCGCUCCUUCCUUCGUUUAUUAUCUGAUGCUUUACUUGCCCAGGUAUCUCCAAACGAGGUGCUAAAGUUGGCUUUCAUAGAAAAGAGGAAGCCCAAAGCCUUUAUACCAGUGUUGUCCAAACUUGACCACUUUAAGAUGAGUGGACUUCAACU